GGUGUCGUUAGGGAAAAAUGUGAGCUUCGAUGGGGGUAUUUCUGACAGUGCUCGCGCUGUCGUUUUCGUGGUCCGCUGCAGUCCCGUAUUCGGGGAACAUCAAGUCGCAUCACUUUGCAAGGGCGUCAAGAACCUUUGCAUUUGAAGGCUCCGCCGUACGUCCCAUCAUGCAAGGACAGGGGCCACCCUACCCAUCGGAUGCGAAUCCUCAUCAGAUCCUGCCACCUCUUCAACCAGGAUAUCCCGCCACCGUAUAUUACCCACAUGCGUCUGAUCCGUCCCAGCCUUACGAUCCCGCCAAACCUCAAACCUAUAUCGUCCCUCAACCCACACCACAAUACCAGUAUCCAAACCAGUAUGCCAAUCCACAGCAAGGUUACCAUCCUCAACACACCGGCAUACCUGGACAGGUUCAUUUGAUCGUGCAGCCCGCUCCGUAUGCGCCUCCGUCGAGAGAUGGCUUCUGGGGCCCGUUCAUAGUCGCAUUUAUUAUAUCGUUCUUCUUUGGACCUUCGGCACUCUGUCUUUCAUGCUGCAUGCACGGCAGAAGAAGUCGCCGAGCGGUGUUCAGUGGGGCUGCCUUGGGGACAUGCCUCGCAGGGAUUGGAUAUUUCAUUCUGGGCGCACAUUUAAGGAACCGGUGUCCUUCGGUUGAGUGUUAUCGAUACCCCAACCCCAACUCCGACCUACAGGUAUGCGAGUACAAGAAUUGCGACGUUUGGAUGUACCUGUUCGGAGGGAUCGGGGCGGUGAUUGAAGCAAUUGCCUUGGCAAUGUUAAUCACCGCGCUAGUUGCCUAUCGUCGAGAGCUCCGCCAUCCUUACGGUGGUCCCAACGGCUAUCAGCAUCGUCCGUAUCCCGCCAGUCAACCGCAGGGCUUCACAGCUCCGAUCCCAGUAGGAGGCGGACGUAGGAGCAGGUCAGAUGUGCAUAGCGUGCCAGACCCACAGACGCAUCAACCGCAAGACGGAAAUCCGUCAUACCCAGAGCCAACGUAUGAGAACCACGGGUCUCAUCAUACUCAUCCUCACGCACACCCGGAGCCAUCCCACGCACAUCACCAUCAUGCCGAGCAAUCCCAACAACACCACAAUUAUAGCGAAAAAUCCCAUCAACACCACCAUCACAGCGAACAGUCUCAUUGGGGUGGACACGGGCAUGUAGAACCGGCGCACAGUGAGAUGGCUCAUACAUCUGACUACGCCGCAUCGCCGAGUCAUGCUGGGACGGCACCAAGCUAUGAGGCAGUCACCGAAUAAUCUGCACCAGAUACCCGCGCUGGUGAAGAGUAGAUGUAAGAUGGCUCGUGGAUGGAGUAAACUGCAGCACCCGUCGCUCUGCAUCUUGCUUGCAAAUAUAAGC